AUGAUUAGUACACAAAUCAAGGACAAGAUCAUUCUCUAUGGCAAUCACAUCAGCCAACCUUCACGAUCCGUCAUGUGGUUCAUGAUGCUCAAUAACAUUCCAUUCGAAUUUAAAUUAAUUCGAUUAGAGAAAUUGGAUCAUCGCUCCAAAUCCUAUGAAAAGAUCAAUCCGAUGAAACAAAUUCCCUCAUUGACCAUCAUUCCCAUUGAAAAUUCGAAUCCGAAAGAUUCUUCUUCACACCACAAUGGUGAAGAAACCAUUUUCGAAAGUCAAGCCAUAUUAUUGCACUUGUUUCAUCGAUAUCGAAAGUUGUGUCAAAUUCCUGGACAUUGGUAUCCGGAUCCUCAUUCACACUUGACGGAACAUACCAAAGUGAACAUGUAUUUGGGUUAUCAUAAUUCACAAUUGAGACCUGCAGUGGGUGGAUUGGCUUUUGCUGUAUCCAUUGGGCCCAAUGCUUUUGGAAUGGCCAAAGAUGAAACCAAUAUUCGACAAUUGGAAAAGAAAACACACAUGGUCUUGAAACAAUUGGAUACAUUUUGGAUGGCUCCAUCGGAAGAUGUUUCUUCUUCGUCUGCUGGUGGUAAUGCUCGCUAUUUGUGUGGACAAGCUAAAAUUUCAAUUGCUGACUUGUUGUGUUAUAAUGAGCUCAUGCAAUUGUCAUUAAUGUCCAAUGCUUCUGUAUUGUGGGAAUCUGAAAUGUUCAAGUCGUAUCCAAAUGUUUGCAAAUGGCUUCAACUCAUGUCGAAAACUCCAGAGCAUGAUAAGGUAUUUAAAUUUUUGAACAUUUUGAAGGAAAAAUCAUCGAAUGAGCGUACUUCUAAACUUUAA